ACAGGACGCGAGAUUUUGAUGAGCCGUCUUCUUUUCCUCUCUUCUUUCGACGGAUAGGAUAGGACGAGAUGAUAGGAUUCCAUACUUAUCCGAUGCGGGAGUGUUCCCGUUGAGAAUCUGUCGGAAGCAAAGCUACCGUAUUGGAAGUUGCUUUGCACUAGUCCACUACCGGUAGUUAGAACGUCUGCCAACACGCUGAGGGCAUUUUUUUUCCACUUUUUCCUCACUCGCUACCGGUGUGCAGUCUAGAGUGUCGGAUAGAACGGUCCCCGGAUUCGGACUUUUUACAAAUCGCCCAGAAUCGGAUCUUUGUAGCCCCCGUGAUAAAACCUUUUUGUUGUUCAUCGUAAUCGAGAGGGAUCAUGUUCUGGAUGAAGGAAACACGGAACAGAAAGGUUUCCUUUUGAGAAGAAUAGAUGUUUGGAUCCGAAGUUCACACAAGUGCUGGAGAAGUUGGGCGCGUUCGAUCCGAGGCGAGGCGUACUGUAUUGUGCGGCAAGUGGAGGGAGAGAUGUCGAUGUCGCAGAUGUCUUGGCUUAAAAAAAGCUUUCCCUUGCUCUAUUAUCAGGGGGCCCAAUAAAUGGGCAUUCAUACAAGUACUAGUACCGGUACUCGAGUACGAGUACCUGUGAAAAAGGUCUUAGUUUGAAUCUCUUGUAAUCUAUUUCCAGCCGAGGAAGGAUACAUUCCGGUCCUCGUUCUUUUCUUGACCAGAUCUCCUGGUCACGACGACACAUUGGAUCAAGGGCGCACCGGCACCGGCAGAGUGCCUGUCUACUGAGGCAGGGUGAACCAGACAUGCCAGUCCCCGGAAACUAACGUGGGGUGCCGGCGAUCCUAUGAUACACGUAUUAUCCCCGCACGGUUGCCCCACGAGGCACGGGCAUGGAUGGAUUGGGUCCGAUUUAGGGUCUUGCAGCACUGUAAACUUCUUGCUUACGGGUAGGGGCAGGGAGUCCUUUGUUAUCAUGUCAUUAGGUUUUUUUUUGGGGGGGGGGUGAUCGGGACAGAGGAGGCUUCCCCAUGACUCGGGCCCUGGUCCAUUUUGUGUGCCUACGAGUGCACGUGAGAGUAGAGGGGUCGUCUCGGGGGGAGCCCCGUUUUGAUAGAUUUCCGGAAUACCCGUACCGGUAUGUCAGAUACUGGCACGCAAUCUUGAUACUGGAGCCGGAACGGCACUCAAGCAGAAGAGAGAGAGGGUCCUGGGUCUUGGGUCUUGGAAGCUUUUCGAGCUGUUGGAUUGUGAGUGGGCGGGGAGACGAAAGAACACACGCAAGAGAAGAAAAAAAAAGAGAGAGAGACGAAAAGAAAAGAAAAGAACAGGGGGGUACAAAGGUUCGGAAUUCCUGUUCCACCGGUGCAGAACCCUGGCCGAGGGUUGAGCGUGUUCCCUGUUUGUUGUUACCGAUAUCAUUGUUGUUUCUCGGUCACUGGGCACGGGAGGGUUGGUGCGUUGUCUAUCAUAUUCAUAGUUGUAUCAUAACAGGGAACCAUAGCGCCAAGAGGGGGAAUCCAGGGCAUGAACUACGGUACAGUACAGCGCUCGUAGAGUACCGGUACUCGAGUACCGUACGGCACCCGAGCAAGAUAAACGGCCACGGCAAGGCACCGUGAUAUUUUGGUCCACUGAAUAUUGAGGAAACCAGAUGUCGGGGUGUGGUGUGCGCGUAACGUGCAAAUGGUUGGGAAUGGACUGACCCUCCAUUUCUGAUGUCAUGCGUCGCGCCGCAUAUCCGGGAAUCAGGGACGAAAUUAUCAAAUGGGCGAGGGGGGCAAAGUGAGUGGACGGGGCGAGAAGGCGGGCAGGGGAGAAAGAGUGCAAGGUCUGGAGGAAGAGGAGGGGGAAGAUGCAUCCCUCCAAGCCCAGUUGUUGGAAUGGCGGUUGGAAGAGGAGGUUGAUGGCGCAUAAUUUUGGCAUUCGGUGCGCUCGGGAGGGUCAGAGUUAUUUUGUUACCGUAUCAUACGGUACUAUACUAGUACGAGUACGGUGAGCACUGUACUGUACUCGAGCACAUAGGAACCAGAUAUCCAGUGCGGUUUCCAGUGUGGAUACAAAUAUAAUAUCCACCCGCCGCGAUCCCGCUCUGUUACUGGAUUACCAGAAAGUGAUCUGGAACGGAAGGUGUGUGUGUAGGCGUGUGUGUGUGUGAAAUUUUAUCAUAGGCCUGCAACACUCGAGUACGGGAUAGUACCGGUAUUGCAGCCUUUUGGGUACCGGUACUGUGCUCGCUGGCACAGUGCUCGAGUACCGAAUGGCGGUGGAGAAAACCCGUUUCCUCUGCCCUGUUCGAGCCCGGUCUCUUUGACUGUGUCCAGCAGAAUAUUUCCCACUUUUACUGGGCCAUCCCGACUUACUCGUGCAUGGUAGAGGCUGUGUCCAAGGUUCAUGCCAACUAUCAUGCGGUCAGAGAUUUUGCAGAGAUUGCCGAAUUGUAGAUUUAAUGUCCGCCCCAACAAUGCUGUGGUACACUCCUGCGGUCUCCGCCGUUGUCGCUUGGUAUGCAUAGCGGCAAAGGCUCGCUAGCAAACCUUCCAUUCCACUGCUCCGCACCAUAAC